AUGGGGGAAAUUACAAAUUUAAUCAACGGUGGCUGGUCUGUGUGGUCUCCCUUCAAUUGCAAACAAUGCUCAUGUCCAAGCAUUUCUGGUUCUAUCGGCGUGACACUUUCUCACCGAAGUUGUUCCAAUCCAGAACCAGUAAAUGGAGGUGCCGAAUGUCAAGGGCCAAAUCAACGGGCGGCAGUCUGCACGAGAAAGUGUGCAGAAGGGGGAAAUAGUGUCAACCAAUAUAUUUCAAGUAAAUGUGCUGAACAUAAAUAUCAACGGAAUGACCCUGAAUUAACCGGAAGUGGCAGUCAGUUAACUCGGUUCCCUCAACGCGCAUGCAAAAUAUUCUGUGAUGUGCAAAAUGGGUUUGGGUCGCAGAGAAAUUAUAGGUUUUAUGGAGACAACCUUCCGGAUGGAGCGCCUUGUGGUUGGGACCGGUAUUGCUUGAAUGGGGAGUGCACGGAAUUGUCAUGCGAAGAUUCCAUCCUAGCUCCAGAUGAUCAACGGUCCAGCAGAAAUUCUUGUCCCUCUACUCACGAGAGAUGCCCCCUUGAAAAUAUUGAUACUAAAACUAUGUCCAACGGUCAAUGGGGGCAAUGCUGUGGGGAUUUGGGCGUCCAAAUACGAUCUAGAACCUGCAAUAUAAACAACCGUUGUGAGGGGGAACCUACACAAAAUCAGCCGUGUAACAGACAUGUUUGCCCAACUAUACCAGCUGGAGAACCCGUAUGGACGGAGUGGACCCCGUGGACCCAAUGUUCUGUCAGUUGUGGUCGUGGAAGUCAAGCGCGUUACAGGCGUUGCCAAAACUCUCAAGGAAGUGUUGCAUUUUCGUGUCAAACAAUGGAAUUGCGCAAUUGUGAUGAAUUACCUUGUAAUUCCGGAAACCGUUUGGAUAGAUCUGGGGCGCAAUGGACAGGCAAGUUGUUGAAAUACAUAAGUCUAUUUAAUAUAAAAACAUUCCGGAAAAAUUCAAAUUAA